AUGAUAUGUAAAAAAGACCCAUUCAAAUCUUCAAAAGCAAUUUUAAAAGAAUGUCAGGCUAAUGUGAUUGGUAGAACUAUACGCGGAAUAUUGAACAACAAUAAUUUAUUUGAUCGCGAAGCUCGAAAAGUUCCUUAUGUCAGUAAAAACAAUAUUAAACAUAGAAAAACUUCUGCUAAAACUCAUUCGGAGUGCAGUGGGCCAGAGGUUAAUUUUGCAGAUGAAACAAAAUUAAAUCCAGGCUCCUGGGAAGAUCCACUACCAAUAACAAAAUCUUCUAAUGUCCAUCAUCAAACAAUUACAACUGCACAAUUACACAAUUCAUCUUUACGUCGUAUAGAUCCAUUGAAUACACGUGGUUCAUAUAAUAGUGGAUUACAUCAUUAUCGUUAUCAACAUAAUCAAUUAAUAUUAUCACAUCAUUUACAUAGUAAACGUAUUUUAAAUAAAAGUCCAUCUACGGCAUCAUCAAUAUUAACAGGUACUACUAAUACUGGUAGCGGCGGAAUAUCAACAUUACAACAAACUCAAACAAUAACAACAUCAACACCAUCUUCUACAAUAUCUGUAACAACAACUGCCGCUCUGGGUGGUAAUAAUUUAAUUGGGGUUGGUGGUGGUAAUAUUGGUGGUCUUACAUUUGAUAAUCAACAAUUAUUAAAAAUAGGAAAAAAUCAUAAAAAACUUGAACAUACACCAUCAGCCCGUACAGUAAAUAGUUCAGACGGUAGUUGGUGUUCAGAACGUGACGAAAACGAUAUAACAUCAGAAGACGACGAUCUAAUACACGAAGAAGACGAAUUAGAUCUUGAUAAUUUAAGUGAUCGUAGUAGUACAUUAUCAGCAAAAGUAACAGCUGCAAUUAUCACAACGGCAGCCAACGCUCAACAAUUACAACAGCAACAACAACAUCAUCAUCAGCCACAACGGAACAGCCAAUUACGUUCAACAUUCAACAAAGCAAAACAGCAUUUGUCCUUUGACAAAUGGCGUACAAGUGUAGGCGGUGGCGGAAACAACAACAUCAAUCAAACCACCAACAGUGCCAAUACCAGCCCAAUACAUCUUCAACAACAAUUACAACAGCAGCAACAACAGCAACAGCAGCAACUAAAAAAUCAAGAUCAGCAACAACAGCAAUCGCAACAACAACAACAGACAUCAUCACCCCAUUCACAGAAUUCUCCAUUAUUGACUGGAGAUUGUGGUGGAAGUCCAAGCAGUACAAGCAGCAACAACAGUAUACAAACAACAAUGCCUACAGCUGCAACAACAACACAUCAUCCACAUUCAGAUACAACUACACCCGGUGAAACACCAGGUGGACGUCUAUCGCGAUGGUUUUCAAUACGUAGAGGCUCAACACAUCAAUAUGAUAUUGGUGGACGCGAUGGUCGUCAUUCUUCUUCAUCAAAUAAUAGUGUAGAUACAACUGAUACGGUUUCAUUAUGUAAUUUUCCAGGUACCAAUGAUAAUAGACAUAGUGAAAAUAUAUCACCGAAAGGUACAUUAAAUUCAUCAACAUCAUUAGGUGUGAAAAUGCCUCAAUUACCCGAGAAUGAGGAUGACACAACUCAUGGUUUUGAUAUAGAUUUAAUAUUACCACCUGGUAGCCGUGCCAAUGGAACAAAUCGACCACACAACAGACUGAUAACACCAACGCUACCACCAGCCCCUCCAGGUUUAUCACAACAACAGCUUAAAAGACGACAUAUUGUUGCGGCUGUUGUACAUAGUGAAAAUUCAUAUGUUGCCACACUUCAACGUCUAGUCAAUAAUUAUAAAAAACCUCUUGAAGAAAGCAGUCCACCAAUAUUAAAUAGUUCAAAAAUUGCAACAUUAUUUCAUCGUCUUCCGGAAAUUUUACAAAGUCAUAAAUUAUUCCGUAUAUCAUUGGCUGAUGCUGUACGAAAUUGGGAUCGUGAUGAAAAAUUAGGUGAUGUAUUUGUAACAGCAUUUAGUAAACCACAAAUAUUAGAAAUAUAUAGUGGUUUUAUAAAUAAUUUCUCAGCUGCCAUGGAAUUAGCUAAAAUGGAAGCAAAACGUAAAUCAGCAUUAGCUGAUUUUUUUAAAGUUAAACAAAUCAGUGCUCAUGAUCGUUUAUCAUUUUUUGGUUUAAUGGUUAAACCAGUACAAAGAUUUCCACAAUUUAUAUUAUUUUUACAAGAUUUAUUAAAAUAUACACCACAAGGACAUCAUGAUCGUAUGUCAUUACAAUUAGCAUUAACACAAUUAGAAUCAUUAGCUGAAAUGUUAAAUGAAAGAAAACGUGAAGCUGAACAAUAUCAAGCAUUUAAAGAAAUGCUUGGUCAUAUUAGUGGUACAUUUAAUACACGUUCAUUAACAUCAUCUGAUAAUAAUCGUCAAAGAUAUUUAUUACGUGAGGAUAAUGUUACACAAAUGGAAUUUAAUCAAUCUGGUUUUAUUGUUAAAUCAAAACAAAGACGUUUAUUAUUAUUAAAUGAUAAAGUAAUAUGUGUAUCAGUUGCACCAAAACAAUCACAUGAUUUUGGUGCUACAGAAAAAUUAUCAUUUAAAUGGAUGUAUCCUGUUACUGAUGUUGAAAUUGUUGAUAAUAGUACAUCAGCAACAUUAUCAAGAAUAUUAACUGCUGGAUUAAAUCGUGGCGGAAGUUUAAAAUCAAAUAGCAGUUCCUGUAAUAAUGAUUCACCAGCAACGAUAUUAACAAAUGGUGCUGAUAAUUUAUGCAAUGAAAUGUCAACAUUAAUGUACGAUUAUGAAGUGAUCUCCAGAAUAAAUGAUUUAGUGAGUACAUUAAAGGGAAAUUAUAAGGAAAUCAAUACAAAUAUAACACGUAAUUUAAUGAAUACAAUACAAAGUUCAAUACAGCGUAAAGAUGAGGAAAUGGCAUGGGUUGAUUCAUGUUGUUUACAAUUAAUUGCACGUAAUAAAUCUGGCAAAGAAGAAACCUUUACAUUCCAAACGGAGAAUCCAAUUGUUAAAAAAGAAUGGAUAACAGAAUUACGUUUGGCACAAUUAGCCUUAGAUCCAAAUAAUUCACCAGCAUGGGAAAUGACAGAAAAUGACCAAAGACCAUCAACAAAAAUGCCAUUAUUUGUUAAAGCACAACCUGUUUAUAAAUCACAGCAUCAAAGCGAGGUGCGCUGUGGCUGCUAUUAUAGUAUAACAAAUGAUAAUAAAAUUGGUACGGCACGUCGUCGUUUUAAACGUCAAAAUUAUUUGUGGAUAUGUACAACAACUGGUCAAAGUAGUCAUAUUGCGGUAUUAUCACAACAUCACCAGCAGGCUGGUAAUUUCAAAGAUGUUGGAUCAUUUGAUUUAGUUGAAACACAAGUCACCAGUAUGGAAUUUAUUAAAGGAAUAGAUAAUAAUGCAAAUAAUAUAGUUAAUAUUAAAGAUGAAAAUUAUAAUGGAAUUCUUGGCGAUUUGAUAUGGAUGGGUACAGAUAGUCGUAAAAUUUUAAUUUACUCGGCAACAAAUCCAGAACAAGAAGUACAAAUUGCUGUUUGCUCUGUUACAGGAAUAGUACAAAAAAUCUUAUAUCAUCUUGAUUCAGUAUUUGUUGCAUUAUCUAAUUCAACCAUAUUAAUAUUUAGACGUUCAAGUGAAGGUGUAUGGCAAAUAAAGGAACCACAAACUAUACAAAUGGGCACUACUGGUUUAACAGUAUCCAGUAUAUUACCAAUAAACAUGAGCAUUUAUGCAAGUUGUGGUAAUAGAGUUGCUGUUUUAAAUGCAAUUACUGGUGAUAUACAAAAAAGUUUUGAUGUUCAACGUGCUAAUCAACAAGUUAAUUUAAUGGCCCAUUCUGGUAUUGGCUUAUGGAUUUCUUUAAAAAAUUCUAGUAUAAUUUGUUUAUAUCAUACGGAAACGUUUAAACAUCUACAAGAUAUUAACGUGGCUGCGAAUGUUUUACGUGUUAAGAAUACUCAAAAAGAAAGUGUUAAUAAUAGCUCAAUUCAUGUGACAUCGUUAUUGGCUUGUAAGGGUUUACUGUGGGUGGGAACAAAUGUUGGUAUUGCAUUAACAAUACCUUUACCAAGAUUGGAAGGUGUUCCAAUAAUAAGUGGUGGCGUUAACAUAUCAUGUCAUGCACAUUUUGGACCAAUUACAUUUCUCUUACCAUUAGUACCAAAAUCAUAUCCAUCUGGAUAUAAACAAUCAUCACAAAAUAUUAUACAAUCACCUGCCGUAACUAUACCACCUGAACAAACAAUACUGAUCACUGAAAAUGCAGAUGAAGCAUCAAGAAAAAUAGAAAAAGAAACUACAAAUGGAACCACAAUACAAAGUAAUAAUGAGAAAAAUAUUAAAGAUGAUGAAGUAGUUUUGCGUAGAGAUUUAAAAGAAGCACCAGAGGAUUCAUCAGCAAUAAAUACAAGUAUAAGCAGUAAUGAACAAGAAUCGCCAGCAAGAUCCAAAUUAGAUAAACAAAAUUCACUAGAUUCAUUUUCAGCUAAAAUUAAAGCACAAUUAGCUAACAGUCCAGCUUUAAGACGUAAACGUUACCGAGACUCUUUAAAUGAUUCAACAUCUACAAGAAUGUCGAAAACUUUACCAAGAGGUAUGGGUUCACCAAGUUUCUUUACAACAAAUUCAAUAACUUCGCAAGCAUCUACAAUGCAGCAUUCCGAUCAUGGAUAUUGUGACGUAUACGGUCUCUAUGGUAAAUUAAUAUUUGUAAAAGAAGAUUACGAUGCUGAAGAAGGUACCCAGGGUAAUUUAAUUGAUAUGAUGUAUGAAGGUAUGAGACGUUCAGAUCCAGAACUAGCAGCAAUACCCGGCAAAGUAAGUACGUUAGAUAGACGUUUACGUAUGAAAGCGAGUAGACCACGUUCAUUAGAUUUAUCAAAUUGGUCAGUUGAUUCAAAAUCAUCAAGUUUAUAUACAUCAUCGGGUAGUGAAGAAAGUAUGGGUAUUAGAUUAUUUGGUGGACGUUCUGUAUCACGUAAUAGUAGUAGUGCUAGUCAUAAAACUUCUGGUAAUGGCAGUGAUUUAGGUAAUAUAUCAGAGAAUGGAACAAUAACGACUGCUGAUAUACAUCAAAAUAAUACAUUAAAUACAAAUUCAAAUCAACAACAAACAUUACAACCAAUUGCUCAAAAUAAUUGUAACAAUACAGAAAUAAUUACAACAAUAACAAAAUCAGAUGACGUUAAAACAAUAACUAUUAUAAAUGAUGGUGAAAGUAAACAAUCACAGCAACAACCGCAUAUAACUAAUAAUAAACAACAAAAUCAAAUAACAACAACUGUAUCGAUGACACCAGCGACAACACAAUCAUCAUCACAAAUACCUGCUGCUGCUGCUACAUUAAAAAGAAAAAAUAAAAAUGCUGCUAAUAAAAAUGCAUCACAAAAUAAUGAUGGACCAACGACUUUAUUAACUUUAAUGGGAGGCCGUGGAUAUUGGAGGCAUGUUUGGUAUACAAAUACAUCUCCAGGAAAUAAAAAUAAUACAAUGAGUGGUGGAACAAUGUCAAGAGUUGCUAAUUCAAAUGAUGCGCAUAUCGUUAUUUGGGAAAACAAAUUAUAAAACAUAUAAAAAUAAAAAAAGGAAACCGGAAUAUUAUAUAAUAUACAUUGUGUAUAUAGAUAUUAUGUUCCAUAUUAUAUAAUGUAUGUAUACGAUAUACAUAUUAUAUGUUUGGAGGAUAUCUU